AUGGCUCCUGGUGUAAACGGAGUAUCAGAAGUCAGCAAUGUCGUUGUGAGGCUCCCGAAAUAUGGUGUCGUAGAUGCCACUGGUCAGGUUGCUACAGAGGAGAUAAACCUGUCUGCCUUGACUGCACUCCAGUUAAAGGAUAUCAUGACUCGAUGCGGUGUCAAGGCAUCCGGCAUAAGGCGAAAAUGUGAAUAUAUCAAGGCACUUGUCAGCUUCAGCCAAGACGAAAAGCUCUGGACGCAGGAGCACAAGUACUACUUCAUGACCACCAUGUCGAUCAGAAUAAACAAACAACUCCUGCUACUAGUCGCCCCUCUGGGAGGGAUGAUGACGCUGAAACUGCCUGUAGCGCCUGAGAAAGAUUCUGGAAGCGGCCUGUUCAGAGCUGAAUUGAUGGGAUUCCUUACUGCGAUGAGGACUAAGCCUGACACGUCCCCGACUAUUGUCACCGAGUACCUCCGACUAGGAGCCACAGCUUUUUGGGAAGCCUAUACUCAACCUGAGACCCGAAAGCGCAUGACAGCAACAGCCAUACACAAGAUGCUCCAGGCGUCCCGUGCAGCCGCCGAUGCAAAUCUCGCACAACAAGCUCGGCAAGAGUAUCCGCACACAUUCAAUGUGUUGUUUUCGUACAAAACUGAUGGAAAGAAACAAGUCCUUGCCAAGGAAUCGUACAUCGCCACACGAUACCAACAGUUACAGCAAGAUCCCCAAAAGGCCCAGGAAGCUGCACAAAAUGAGGCCCUCGCAGCGCAAUCUGCCACCGUGACCUAG